AUGCACCGCUCAGACCCAGAAACCACAGCCCCAAAGGAGCAAGUGGCGGAGAAGAUCGGAAGUGGAAGCCAAGAGAAAGCCAGCUUUUCAGGCAAGUGGCCCCGACCACUGUUCAAGCGAUGGAGGCAAGGCCGGCACUAUUACAAUCCUGACAAGCCGUCCGGGGAAGAUGUCGGAUUGGCGUUUCUGGAAAUUAUCAUCGAAGUUUCCGACGGACUGGAAGCACAAGAUGUCCUGGAAGAGCCAACGGAGAACGAGACCUUCGUCGCCGCUGUCGCAGCGUUGUUUGGUCCGAACUUGACGGAUUGCUCGGUGGAUUUUAAUGGCUUUAACAUGUCUGCUUUCGAUGACACGGAGAUCAGCGGUGGUGCAGCGUUGAAGCUUGCUCAGAUCAAGCAGUCAAACACCGUCGACUCUGCGACCUUCAACGGUGAUUUGCUUUUCGCCGAAAUCGAGUGCAAGCACCCGCUUUCCACAGGCGAGGCAUGGUUGGAGGGGAUUGAAAGCAAUCUGUCUCCUUUGGCAGCAAACUUCCGAGCCCUCGUGGCAGGCUUGGGCGUGACGGGGGUCGGUGAUGCCGGGAUCGUCGACGUUGAGUUUGAACUCGACGAAGAAGAUGAAGAAGAUGAAGAAGAGGGUGAAGAAGACGGCGACGAAGAGACGCAGCCGUAG